UUUAAUUGAUUUUGCUGUCCAAAUUAAACAACAUUUUUACCAGUUAGAGCUAUUUUUAAUUCAAUUCUUAGCUGUAGAAACCUUUUCAAAUGGAUAAACCCCUGAAUAAGGUAAUUCAGAGCAAUGAGUCGAGCAUUUCCACCACCGGUACCACGGGUUCACCACAGUUUUCCGACACAUUAGAGAACAAUGUCAAGUACAUGAACUUAAAUUUCGUCGACAAUUCCGAGUCUUCAAGUCAAGCCAAAGACCAAGGCAUUGAUUUCCAAAAGUUGCCACAAACCUUCGACGGUGCCGCGUCUAAGGCCGCAAAACCACCACCCAGCAAGAUACUGCCGUCCAAUAUUCCACUACCGGGCAAAUUUGAGAGUCAAAAACCGAAAAUAGUCUGCACGCUCAAAGAAAAAUCUCUACUCGAAAUGGGUUUCAAAACAAAUGAGAUACAGGGCUGGGAAGACAUAGUCCAGCCGCCCAAAGAGAAUCUCUACAAAUUGCUACGUAACAUGAUUGACAACCACAUCAAACCGAAUGUGCAGAUACGUAUUGGUGGUGUGACCUUCAAUUGUCACAUGAUGGUGCUGCAGUGUUACUCGGACUUCUUCAUGGAAUGCAACAAUGAGGUAUUGAUCCAAUUGCCCGAAGAGAAGAUAACACCCGGCGCUUUUAUGAUGGUCUACGAUUGGAUGUUGGCUGAGGAGCCGUUGGUGCAGCGUGAGGGCAUACUGGAAUUAUUUAAUGCGGCCAAUUUUCUGCGCAUUAAAAAUCUGGUGAAUCAAUGUUGGCUCUGCUUGGACGAUGAUGUGCGCUUUCGUGAAGAUACUGCAUUCUUACUCUACCUUGAGGCACGCAAUUAUGGUCUAGAGAGUUUGGAGCAGCUAAUGCUGACACGCAUUUGUAAAUUUUUCCUGACACUUGUCGCCUCUAAAGAGUACUUGGAGCUGGCGACGAAGGAGAUUUGCACGCUUUUGAGUUCCAAUACAAUUGGCGUGAAUUCGGAAAUCGAAAUCUUCAUGGCGGUUGUGCGUUGGCUUAACUACAAUUGGGAUGAACGCGAGGCGGAUAUGUUGCAAGUUGUCAAGUGCGUACGUUUCAGCUUGAUGCCACCGUGGUUCCUGGUGACACUCAACAAAAAUAUUGACUGCGUAGAGAUCGAUCGUAUUGCCAGUCAUCCGGAGGUGAAACGCAUGAUCAACGACGGCAUAUCUUAUACGACUACUCAAUUAUACUAUGGUGAAAAUCGUGAAGAGUUCUUGCAUUUCCUGGAACGCUACCAGCUCGUUGCACCGGUUCAACGUCAGUGGGUUUUCGACAAAGAAUGCAGCUACCAUCAUCGGCUCGAAUGCCCGAAUAUGCAGUAUGUGACAUACAAAUCGUUUCUGGAGUAUCUGGAGAUGAUCCAUACGAUUGGCAAGGAUUAUUGGCGCUCGCUGGAAAUGGCUAAGGGUGUGGAGAAGUCGAUGCAGUGUUGCGUGCGCUCCGAUUGCCGCAAAUUGAACGAGCAAAAUUUAGUAUGUUAAUCUAUUUUCUAGUCACUUACCAACAACACCAAAUCACCUAUUUUAGAAGACUACUUACGCGUUUACGAACUAAAUAUAUACAGACUGCAAGUACAUAUUGUUAGAAGAUUUGAUUUAUGAAAAUUUUUGUUGAAAUCUGUGAUUUGGCAUUUAUACGAAAA